AUGACAACCGAAUAAUUAAGUGCCAGCAAGAAAACCUGGGCUGAAUUAGCAGAGGAAGAGGAUGAUGAAAUUGAAAAUGGUUAAUUUACGACUAAUUCGGAAACUCUUGACAAAAAUGAGAUUCCUCAGCAACCUGCUUUGACGAAAUCUAUAUCAGAAUUUUAACCAAAGACAAGAAACGACAAACAAAAAAUUCACAAAUAAAGAGACAUUGAUAGUGGUGGUCUCAAAAAUUAUCGACAAAAUAAUUCACAUUUUAACAAAGGAAACAAUAAACAAAAUAGAUAAACAAAAAGUAAUUAUGACGAGGUUUACGAUGCCUUAUUCGAAACCACAAAUUAGGAAAUCCUCUUAAAGAUCAAGCCUCUGAAUAAGAAUGAAAACUUAGAGGCUGUUAAGGAAUAUUUUGAAAAACAAUAUUAGAAUAUUAAGGCAUUUCCAAGAAAUGACAUAAAUCAGGUUGAUCUAUUGACAUCCCCUAAAAUUGGAUUGUAUAUAUUGGAUGAUCAUAGAUUUAAAACUCAUAUUGGUGAUUCUGCUUUAAUAAUUCACUAUCCAUAGUUCCCUAAUGAACCAUUGUCAGAUUAUUAUGCAAAGAAAAGAUAUUUAGAAAAGGAAAAGAAGUAAAUAUAACCUGCUCCUGUAUUUCAAAGAAAUGCAGUCAGUUCUAAAGCAAAUGAUUAAUAAGAUUGCAAUGAAAAAUCUGAAAAUAGUAGUAAAUAAGAUAUUAAUAACUUUGAUAAAGAUGAAAAUGAUCAACAUUAAGUAUAUAAGAAAAAAGGUAGCAUCGAAGAUUACUAAUAUGAAUAAAGCAAUAUCUAAAGUAAACCAAAAUAUGAAAAUAAAGAUUUUAAUAAAUAAACAAAUUACAAAAAUAGAAAACAUAACAAUGAUUUCGAAGAUUACGAAGAUGAUUGUAGAGAAUACAAAGAUGAAAGGCAAUCUAAUUAUAAAUCUAAUAAAUAUAGAAAUGAAUAACAUCAACCAAAAGAAAUCUAUCAACAAUAGAAAUACUUCUAAAAAGAUAAUUAUAAAUAUACUGAUAAGGCAACAUCUGAUAAUAACAAGACUCCUUAUCAAGAGAAGGAACAACAUAAGGAUUAUAGGAAUAAUUAAAAUUAUCAAAAUUACAAUAAUGCAAAUAGCAACAAUCAUUACAAUACGAAAAGAUAAUUUAAAGAAAACAGUAAGCAAAAAAAUGAUUAAUAUGUAAUAUAUGAAGAGAAAUAAAAAUCCAAUUAUGAUGAAGUAACAGAUAAUGUAACCACAAAACAUCCUGAUAAUUUUGAAAGAUAAGCUGAAGUUCCUUAAAAUGUUAAUAAACCAUUUUAGGAGACAAGUGUAAAUGAAGAUUAGAAUGAGGAUAUUCAAUUUGAUAGUGAAAAUGAGUAAGGUCAAGAAUAAGUUGAAGAAAACAAAACUCCAAAUAAAAAUAAGAAGAAGAAAAAAAACAAAAAGAAUUUAAAAACUUCAAAACCAAACGACACUAAUUUUUUUGGGAUACUUUAGAGUGGGACAAAGUGA